AUGCAGUCGAUCCGACAGAUGACGGUGAGAGGCGCUCUGCGAGCUCAACCGACGACAGUGACCGCCCGUGGCCUCCGACCAAUUCAAGCUGUGCGACUGGCUCAUGCGUCGUACGGGAACGAGCAGUCCGGCAUGGAGCAAGGCACGCAUUUGAAGAACCCCAAGUCGAACCUCGAACAUCCCGGGCCAGAAGCACCCGCGAAUAAAGGCUCAAUCUCCAAAGAGGAGACAACAUCGUCGUCGUCGUCUUCAUCAUCUUCCUCUUCGAAUCCUUCGUCCUCAUCUUCCUCCUCGUCGCAAUCAUCCGGAAGCGGAGAGAAAUCUAGUGACGGGGCAAGGCCUGCGAUUCAUUCGCCCAAGUCUGCUGCCGAGGAUACCGAUCCCGAGGUCAAGAAGCACAAUGAAGAGAUGGCGCAGCGGAACGACAGGUCUGUCAAUCAACUGUCCGAGGAAGAUAACAAGGUGAAUAAGAAUUUCUGGUCAGGUGAUGUGGGCCCGAAGAAGGAUUAG